ACUCUUCACCGCCACAUGUACGCUACACCUCUCUUCUCAGCCCAUCACCGCCACAUCACCACCACCCACCACCACCAAAACAAUGGUUGCACUUUUCAAGAACACCAUCCAAGGGUAUUUUCGUCUUUCACCUUUUGAAGCACAAAAGCUAUGGUAAAGGACAUUUUUGGCAACGUUGGCUUUGAUAAGAAAACAGAGAAAAAAAAAGGAAAUCUCUUUAUUUCUGCUUUUUCCCACUCAAACACUCUCUUCAGGGAAACACAGAGAGACGCAGAAGCAAAUUUGCCAAUUAGACUGUUACUUGUUACACUGAAGUUCGCCAGAAAACCGUGUUUUUCCCCGUUGAUUUAAGCGGUUUCGCGAGCAGUUCUAGGAACUCGGGAAACCCACCACCAUGGGAGAAACCGAUAUUGUCCGGUUUCCGGGGAGCCUAGACCCUAGAGCCCAAGAGUUCAGGCCAAGAAAUAACCCUAACAACGUCAACUUCAUCCAACAAAUGCCCCUCUUUGGACCAACGCCUCCACCGCACCAAGUCUACUAUGCAUAUUCUUCUCCAGCUGCGCCUUUUAGCGAUGGCGGAGGAGUUGUAGGGUACUCGCAGUACGCUUCUGCACCACCACCAGUAGCGUACGUUAGCACCGUUAUGCCUCUCCCGCCACAGUCUGCUGCACCAACGCGGACGCUGGUGUUGAGUUCGGUGCAGAGCGAUGUCAGCGAGUGGAUGAUUAGAAGAGAAUUGGAGGUGUUUGGAGAAGUUAGAGGGAUUCAGAUGGACAGAAUUUGUGAUGGGAUCGUGACCGUCCAUUUCUAUGAUCUGAGACAUGCAGAGAAAGCUUUGAAGGAGAUACGAGAACAGCACAUGCAGCAGCAAAGCAGGUUAAGAAGCCUCUUCGCUGCCUUAGAGCGAAGUUCUGGGUUUCUGGGAAUGGGAGAGAACUUGGUUGCACCACCGCCUCCAGCGGCGCGUGGACUCAUUGCCGGUUGUGCCGUGUGGGCCCAGUUCAUCAUUCCUUCGUGUAACGCUGUCCCAGAAGGGCAUAACCAAGGGACCGUAGUAGUUUUCAAUUUAGACCCGAAUGUUUCUACCUCGUCCUUGAAGGAAAUUUUCCAAGCUUUUGGUUCUGUCAAGGAAUUAAGGGAGACUCCAUUGAAGAAGCAACAAAGGUUUGUGGAGUUUUAUGACAUAAGAGAUGCAGCCAAAGCUCUCAGGGAGAUGAAUGGAAAAGAAAUUCAUGGAAAGCAGGUUGUUAUUGAGUUUAGUAGACCUGGUGGCUAUGGCAGAAAGUUUUUCAAUGCCGCCGCCACCACCACCACCACCGCCUCUCCUAAAGCUACUUCUAUUAGCAAUGCAUUCGUUAAUGCGAAAAUUUCAAGUUAUGCACCACCACAACCUCCUCCUCCACCUUCCCCACUGCCUGCACCACAAUUGCCUCGUAACUUCUCCAGUCGUUCUGCUCCUAAUAUUCCUCCGCGUGUUUUUUUGGCUCAAACUCAAUCUUCUUCCACGAAGAAAGCCUCGAAUUUUAGCAAGGGAAACACAAAUAAUGAGAUUGUAAACGACAAAGAUUCGUUGGAAGCGUCCAUGGGUGGUUUGUCAAUACAUGGUGGAGACGAAGAUGGAGUUGCAGUAAAGGUUGGUGAUGGGCCUGUGAAGAGAAAUGCAAAGAAAAGCCAAAACAGCGAGUCUUGUGCCCCAUCUACAAAGCAGCAACAUAGAAGUAGGCCAUGGAAGAGCAGGCAAGCGAAGAAGUUUGAUACCCGUUUUCUCAUAAAUGAAGAUGCCAUGGUGGAAUCAAAUUCCAGUGAUUCUAGGACCACUGUCAUGAUCAAGAACAUACCCAACAAGUACAGUCAGAAGCUGCUCUUAACCAUGCUAGACAGCCACUGUCUCUACUGCAACGAGCAGAUUGCCAACGGCGAAGACCAGCCUUUGUCCGCCUACGAUUUUGUCUACCUCCCUAUUGAUUUCAAUAACAAGUGCAAUGUGGGUUAUGGGUUCGUGAACAUGACGUCUCCGCAGGCAACAUGGAGGCUCUACAAGGCUUUUCACCAUCAACCUUGGGAAGUUUUUAACUCGAGGAAAAUUUGUGAAGUCACUUACGCCAGGGUCCAGGGAUUGGAAGCUUUAAAGGAGCACUUCAAGAACUCCAAGUUCCCAUGUGAGAUGGACCACUACUUGCCAGUGGUUUUUUCACCUGCUCGAGACGGUAGGCAACUGACGGAGCCUCAACCCAUUGUUGGCCAGAAGCAGCAGCUCCCCAUGAUUCUUGGUCUUCCCAUGAAAUCCACCGAUCUUGAGAGCAAGAACAACAAAGGAGACGCUGACCAAGAAGAAGAAGGAGAUACAACAGCUUUCGCAGCCGAAACGGCGGCGACAUGGGUAAUGAUGACGGAAACUGCAGCCAUGGCAGCUGAGUAAUGGAUGGGCCUAUAAAAUUAUAACAAGAAGAAAUAGAGAGCUAAAGAGGGUUUUGUGGAAUUGUCUUCUGAUUCUCUUUGGAACUGGGAAGAUAUGAAUAUAAAACCAUAUAUAUAGUUAGUGCAGCCAAAUCCUUGUGUCCAUCACUGCCUGCUAUUGCUAUAUGAAGAAUUGCAGCCGCUGAAUGAGGUUGUUGUUGAGCUCCGAGCCUCCACCUCCAUAACUCACCUCGUCUUUCAUCACAAGCCUACUGGGACUUCCUGUCAUAUUCUGAUAUCUUCCUAAGGCUCUUCCAGUUACCUGACCUAGCCUGAACACCAUUGCCUACUCCAUUAACUCUCUCUGUAUCUUUUGUAUUUUAGUAUUAGCAAAGAAAAUUUUCUUUUUUUGGCUGGAUAUGAAAAUUUGUAGACCCUUUUUAGCGGUGUUGUAACAGGAAAUUUCAUUUCUGAAUUUUUUUUUUUCUCU